GAUAAGUUUUGUCAAAUGGGAUCACAGAAGCCUUACUUUUUCUGGAUAAGCCGAGCCUCUCGCUCAAGAGAUUUUGCCAAACCGGAAUCUUCACGAGGGCAAACUUUAAGCUGCGCAAGAAGCGACCGCCCGCCUUUCGGGUCUCUCCUGUGGGGCCUGACGGGGCUUCGGUCACCCCACCUCAAGGCGCUAGCCCUCGUGGUUUUAUCGCGCGCGUGGGAGAGGGGGCGCCCGGCUCUUCCUCUUUCGAGGUGCGCGGACGGGGGAAGAACGUGGCGCCCCCGCCGCCGCUGCCGCCGCCGGUGCGAAGGGCGGGGAUUGGCGGGUGACGUUUUGUUUGCAGCAAGUAGAGGCGAGCGUGCCGAGCGAGGAGGUGGCGAAAAGCUGCAGCGGCCGCCGAAGGUGCGAGAGAGAGAAAGUGAGCCGGGCGCUCAGCUGCAAGCGGCUUCAGGAUGUAGGCGAUCGGCGGAAGAGCUCUUGCUGGCAGAAGGGCUCAUCAUGAAGAAACAUUCGGCCAGGGUCGCCCCGCUGAGCGCCUGCAACAGCCCCGUGCUGACUCUCACCAAAGUGGAAGGGGAGGAGCAUUCUCAUGACUCCCCAGCCCCAGCAGAAGCCCCAGUACAAGCUGGGAUGGAAACUGGUGGUAGAGGAAGCCGAUGUUGCUGGAGAUGCUCUGCAACCCUGCUUAAGAAAAUUUUCUGGGGAGUAGUGGUGGUACUUGGCGUCUGUUCAUCCUGGUCAGGUUCAACCCAGCUAGCAAAACUGACCUUUAAUAAACUUGAUGCGCCCUUCACUUUGACGUGGUUUGCAACAAACUGGAACUUUUUAUUCUUUCCUUUGUAUUACAUUGGACAUGUUUGUAAAUCAGCCGAAAAACAAUCUCCACAGCAAAGAUACAGGGAGUGCUGUCGCUUUUUUGGAGACAAUGGCUUGACACUGAAGGCAUUUUUUACCAAGGCAGCACCCUUUGGUGUUCUUUGGACACUCACAAACUACCUGUACUUACAUGCAAUAAAAAAAAUAAACACUACAGAUGUCUCCGUGUUGUUCUGCUGCAACAAAGCUUUUGUUUUCUUGCUUUCAUGGAUUGUUCUUAGGGACAGAUUCAUGGGAGUGAGGAUCGUGGCUGCUAUACUUGCGAUUGCAGGGAUAGUCAUGAUGACAUAUGCUGAUGGUUUCCACAGUCAUUCAGUUAUUGGAAUAGCCCUGGUUGUGGGGUCUGCCUCAACGUCAGCACUCUACAAAGUUUUGUUUAAGCUUCUUCUGGGCAGUGCUAAAUAUGGAGAAGCUGCCUUAUUUUUGUCAGUGCUAGCAGUCUUCAAUAUCCUUUUUGUUACCUGUAUCCCUGUCAUCCUUUACUUUACCAAAGUUGAAUACUGGAGUUCUUUUGAUGCCAUUCCUUGGGGAAGCAUUUGUGGAUUUUCAGUCCUAUUAUUGACAUUCAAUAUUUUAUUAAAUUUUGGGAUUGCUAUUACAUAUCCUACCUUAAUAUCUCUUGGAAUUGUAUUAAGCGUACCUGUAAAUGCUGUUGUGGAUCACUACUCGAGUGACAUUGUCUUCAACAGCGUCCGUGUCAUUGCCAUUGUGAUCAUUGGCCUGGGCUUCCUCCUGCUGCUUUUACCUGAGGAGUGGGAUGAAUGGUUAAUAAAGCUGCUCACCCGCCUCAAAGUGCGAAAGAAGGAAGAGAUUCCAGAGGGAAAUGGAGACAUUGUGUCAGGAUUGCAAAAUAAAAGCAGGAGAACACGCCCAUCCAUGUCAUCGUUCACACAUUAAUAUUAUUUUUUUAAUGGAAACUCUUAACAUUGUAUGCUGUAAUUCACAGAUAUUUUCUUUCAAAGCACAUAUGUUCAAUACAGUGUACAUAGAUGUACAGUUUUGAUAAUAACAGUCUCAGAGGCAUCAAGAAUCAGCAUGUCCAAAUUGCCUGCACUAUUCCACAUCAGAUCUUUCACUUGAGAGAAUUUCUUUGACAAAAGGCAAAAAUGAAACUCUUUUUAAAUGAAUGUAAUGUAUAAAUGACUAAUCUUUGCAUAUAUUGUUUUAAUGAUCAGUCAUCAUCAGAAGCAGGGCAUAUAUUUUGAAUAUUAGGUACUGAAUGACACAUCGCACACUGUGAUUUACAAAUAUAUAUAAUAUAUCUAUAUAUAUAAAUAGAGAAAAACAGAGAAGAGAAAUAGAGAGAUGCUAUGCUAUUGUAAGCUUAUUUUUUACCAGAGCUAUAUGCUAAACAUUUUCAAAUAAACCAAAAGAAAAUAUUUCACAAGGGUGAGAAAUUGGAUGGGAGGGAGAUUGCAUGGUGCAGAUUAAGUGCACUUGGUUCCAUAAUAAAAUUAAGAAUACUGUACUUCUUUACAUUUUGCACUAAAGCAUGAGGGGGGGGAGCAAUUAAGACUACUGGGGCGCCACCAGAUAGGAAUUUUUUGUGUGAAAGCUCCACUGAAAUGAACGGCAGCUGUGCAAGAGUAUGGGAGCCUCCUUCCUACGUAUAUGGCUGUCUUGUACACCUUCUAUCUAUCUUAGCAGACUUUCACCAGGGACAGCUCUCAAGGGAUUUGUGUGUCAGAUCCUUUACUGUGCAUAACUGCACCUCAUGCUUAAUCUCAUGCAAGGGAACAAUAUAGUGCCUUCUACAGAAUUCUAGUCCACUGUCUGUGUAGAAGUAGGUCACACUGCAAGUUGCCUGUGUUGGUCGUAUGACUUGAGGAGUCUCUUCUGCAGAUGCAGUGUUUUUGAAACUCCCAAAGAAAUCAAUGAGUGCCUGAUUCAAGCCACUGAUUAACGGGAGUACAGAACAGAAUUCGGGGACUACAAAGUCUUUUGCUACAGAUGGAUUUUUCCCCCUGUACGUGGGUCUUGGAGACUCUGCUCCUGACCUUUCUUUCUGUCAAAUCCUGUGUAUAAGAACCUUGCUGAAAAACUAAUAAUGAAACAAUCAGCUACUUACAGUGGAACAGAACUUAUGAUGUGUAUACCAGGGAGAAUACAGGGGACUAUGAGAUGAAUAGUCACUUGCUUUUAUUUCAUUGCUAUGAGAGUUGUUUUUU